AUGACGGACGCCACACAUCUCACGGGUCUCGCAACGGCGCCAAUGGGGACGGACAGUCGGACGGAGCUGUUACGCGAGUCCACACACAUCAUCACACUGCGCGAGAGCCGGCACCGGUCUGGGAGAAGAGAGCAGGAGGCCAUGGCGAGCGAGCGCAAUGGCGACGGGGGCACGGAGAACGGCAACGGCGGCAGCGUGUCCAUGGAGAUGCCGGAGAUCAGGUACACCAAGCUCUUCAUCAACGGGGCCUUCGUCGACGCCGUCUCCGGUAAGACAUUCGAGACCAGGGAUCCGCGCACCGGGGAUGUGAUCGCCAGCAUCGCCGAAGGUGACAAGAAGGACGUGGACCUGGCGGUCAAGGCGGCAAGAGAAGCCUUCGAUCAUGGCAAAUGGCCUCGCAUGCCCGGAUCCGAAAGAGGAAGGAUCAUGACGAAGUACGCGGACCUCGUGGAGCAGCACGCGGAGGAGCUGACCCUGCUGGAGAGCCUGGACGCCGGCAAGCCGCGCAUGGUGACCAGGGUGGUCGACAUCGGGAGCUCCGCAAGCUCCCUGCGCUACUUCGCCGGAGCGGCCGACAAGAUCCACGGCGAGACGCUCAAGAUGUCGAACCAGUUCCAGGGGCACACCCUGCGCGAGCCCAUGGGCGUCGCCGGGCUCAUCAUCCCCUGGAACUUCCCCGCCAUCAUGUUCUUCUGCAAGGUCGCCCCGGCGCUGGCCGCCGGUUGCACCAUGGUCGUCAAGCCGGCCGAGCAGACCCCGCUCAGCGCGCUCUACUUCGCUCACCUGGCCAAGCAGGCGGGAGUCCCGGACGGGGUGAUCAAUGUGAUCCCCGGCUUCGGCCCAACGGCGGGAGCAGCGAUCGCGUCUCACAUGGACGUCGACAUGGUGAGUUUCACGGGAUCAACACCAGUUGGGCGGCUGAUAAUGGAGGCGUCGGCGAGGAGCAACCUGAAGCCGGUGUCCCUGGAGCUGGGCGGCAAAUCUCCCCUCAUCAUCUUCGACGACGCGGACGUGGACCUGGCCGUGGAUCUCUCCAUCAGCGCCAACUUCUUCAACAAGGGAGAAGCUUGCGUCGCGGCGAGCCGUGUGUACCUGCAAGAGGGCAUCUACGACCGAUUCGUGAAGAAGUUGGCGGAGCGCAUGGAGAGCUGGGUUGUCGGGGACCCUUUCGAUCCUCGCGUCAAUCAAGGGCCUCAGGUGGACAAGGAACAAUACGAGAGGGUGCUCAGCUACAUCGACCAUGGCAAGCGAGAAGGGGCCACCGUACUGACGGGAGGAAAGCCCUGUGGUGAGAGAGGUUACUACAUCGAGCCCACGGUUUUCACCGAUGUCAAGGAUGACAUGACCAUAGCAAAGGAGGAGAUCUUCGGACCCGUCAUGUGCCUGAUGAAGUUCAGGACGGUGGAGGAGGCGAUCGCGAAGGCGAACGACACGAGGUACGGGCUGGCGGCGGGGGUGGUGACCAAGGACAUCGACGUGGCCAACAGGAUGACGCGGUCCAUCCGCGCCGGGGUGGUGUGGGUCAACUGCUACUUCGCCAUGGACGCCGACUGCCCGUUCGGGGGCCGCAAGAUGAGCGGGUUCGGCAAGGACGCCAGCAUGCACGCGCUCGACAAGUUCCUCGCCGUCAAGGCCGUCGUCACCCCCGUCUACGACUCGCCCUGGCUCUAG